AUGGGGUUUAUAGAAAAGAUUCAUCGAAUGGAUGGAAUUUCAUUGAGAAAUCCCCUAAAGCCAAUAUCUACAAAUCCAGUGGAGAAACUAGGGCUGCAAAAAGAUGAUGAAGAAGAGUUCACAACAACACCAAAAUCUGCAGAUUCAAAAAUUCCAAGCAAAUUGAUAUGUCCACCAGCCCCGAAAAAGCGAAAAGCUUCUUCAAAAUGUCAUUUUGCUGGUGUUGUGGAGUUCUUCAGUCCACCAGACCUGGAAACAGUUUUCAUUCCUCGGGUCAAAAGAGCUUCAAGUGGUAUUGAACCUUACAAUAAACAAGAUUUUAACUUCCUCUAUUCACGUUAA